CGGUAUUCGAACAUAUCCCAUGGUGGUAGUAUUCUGUUAUCUUGUACCAGAACUGCAGAAGAGGGUCUCUGUGUCUUCAUUGCUGCUGAGGAUACAUCUGAGGAGGAGCACACAUCACUUCCACAACGCGGCCAACGUACUUAGUUUUUGAAGAAACAUGGCACUCGCAGGACACCUGAAGCAAGAUGACAUUGCAGCAGCUAUCCAGGCUUGUCAAGCACCGGGGACUUUCAACUACAAGACGUUCUUUGAAAAAGUGGGGCUGAUAGGUAAAGCUACUUCAGAUGGGGAGAAGGUGUUCAAGGCCCUGGACCAGGACAAGAGUGGAUUUAUUGAAAAAGAGGAGCUGAAACGCUUCCUCCAGAACUUCUGCUCUAAGGCCAGAGAGCUCACAGAGGCCGAGACCAACAGUCUCUUGGCAGCUGGGGACAGUGACGGAGACGGCAAAAUUGGGAUGGAAGACAAGCGCAAGCACACGGACAGGGCCUGUGGAGUAUGUUGUGUUGGUGACGGGGAGCAUCAGGAGGCAUCUGUGCUUCGCUGUGGAAGCAGAGGCUAA